GGCCGUAAACGGCACCGUCGCGCCACUUCCGGCCGGCUUCCGCAGACGGCGCUUGUGGGCGAUCGUGAGGCGCCGGAGGACGUUAGCGGUGGCCGGAGCCAUGGAGAUGCCGCUGCCCCCCGACGACCAGGAGCUUCGAAAUGUCAUCGAUAAGCUGGCCCAGUUCGUGGCUCGCAACGGGCCCGAGUUUGAGAAGAUGACGAUGGAGAAGCAGAAGGAUAACCCGAAAUUCUCGUUUCUGUUCGGAGGCGAGUUCUACAGUUACUACAAGUGCAAGCUGGCGCUGGAGCAGCAGCAGCUCCUUUGCAAGCAGCAGGCCCCAGAGCUGGAGCCGGCUGCGGCCCUGCCACCCCUGCCACAGCCCCCGCUGGCCCCCAGUGCGCCCAUCACGCCGGCCCAGGGAGCCCCAUCUAUGGACGAGCUCAUCCAGCAGAGCCAGUGGAACCUGCAGCAGCAGGAGCAACACCUGCUGGCCCUCCGACAGGAGCAGGUGACGGCAGCCGUGGCCCACGCGGUGGAGCAGCAGAUGCAGAAGCUCCUAGAGGAGACCCAGCUGGACAUGAAUGAAUUUGACAACCUGCUGCAGCCCAUCAUUGACACAUGCACCAAAGAUGCCAUCUCGGCCGGGAAAAACUGGAUGUUCAGCAAUGCCAAGUCCCCGCCACACUGCGAGCUGAUGGCAGGUCACCUGCGGAAUCGCAUCACUGCCGACGGGGCACACUUUGAGCUUCGGCUGCACCUCAUCUACCUGAUCAACGACGUGCUGCACCACUGGGCCCUGACGCGCGGAAGGUCUCUCCCUCACAGCCAGCGCAAGCAGGCCAGGGAGCUGCUGGCCGCCCUGCAGAAGGUUGUGGUACCCAUCUACUGCACCAGCUUCUUGGCCGUGGAGGAGGACAAGCAGCAGAAGAUCGCCCGGCUUCUGCAGCUCUGGGAGAAGAACGGCUACUUUGAUGACUCCAUCAUCCAGCAGUUACAGAGCCCGGCCCUAGGCCUCGGCCAGUACCAGGCGACGCUUAUCAAUGAGUACUCCUCUGUGGUGCAGCCAGUACAGCUGGCCUUCCAGCAGCAGAUCCAGACCCUCAAGACUCAGCACGAGGAGUUUGUCAGCAGCCUGGCCCAGCAGCCGCAGAUGCCCAUGCCGCAGAUGGAGGCGGACGUCAAGGCCACGCCCCCGCCACCUGCCCCGCCCCCGGCCCCCACGCCCACCCCCGCUAUCCCGCCAACCACCCAGCCUGAUGACACCAAGCCGCCCAUCCAGAUGCCCAGCUCCUCUGAGUAUGACGCGCCCGGAGGGCUCCAGGAUCCUGCCGCCCCCGGCUCCCGCGGCCCUGGGCCCCAUGACCAGAUCCCUCCCAACAAGCCCCCAUGGUUUGACCAGCCUCACCCAGUCGCUCCUUGGGGUCAACAGCAGCCUCCUGAGCAGCCCCCCUAUCCACACCACCAGGGUGGGCCGCCCCACUGCCCACCCUGGAACAACAGCCAUGAGGGCAUGUGGGGUGAGCAACGUGGGGACCCCGGCUGGAAUGGCCAGCGUGAUGCGCCCUGGAACAACCAGCCCGACCCCAACUGGAACAGCCAGUUCGAGGGCCCCUGGAACAGCCAGCAUGAGCAGCCGCCCUGGGGCGGGGGCCAGCGCGAGCCGCCCUUCCGCAUGCAGCGGCCACCACACUUCCGAGGGCCCUUCCCACCACACCAGCAGCACCCACAGUUCAACCAGCCGCCACACCCGCACAACUUCAACCGCUUCCCGCCCCGCUUCAUGCAGGAUGACUUUCCCCCACGCCACCCCUUCGAGCGGCCACCCUACCCGCACCGCUUUGACUACCCUCAGGGAGACUUCCCUGCUGAGAUGGGACCCCCUCACCACCACCCUGGCCACCGCAUGCCUCACCCUGGGAUCAACGAGCACCCGCCCUGGGGUGGGCCUCAGCACCCUGACUUCGGCCCUCCUCCCCACGGCUUCAACGGCCAGCCCCCCCACAUGCGACGACAGGGCCCUCCCCACAUCAACCACGACGAUCCCAGCCUGGUGCCCAACGUGCCCUACUUUGAUCUACCAGCUGGGCUGAUGGCCCCCCUGGUGAAGCUGGAAGACCAUGAGUACAAGCCUUUGGACCCUAAAGACAUCCGCCUCCCACCCCCGAUGCCACCCAGCGAGAGGCUUCUAGCAGCUGUGGAGGCCUUCUACAGCCCUCCCUCCCAUGACAGGCCCAGGAACAGCGAAGGCUGGGAGCAGAAUGGCCUGUACGAGUUCUUCCGGGCAAAGAUGCGGGCCCGGCGGAGGAAAGGCCAGGAGAAGAGGAACAGCGGCCCCUCCAGGUCUCGGAGCAGAUCCAAAAGUCGGGGCCGCUCCUCUUCCCGCUCCAACUCGAGGUCCUCCAAGUCGUCCGGUUCAUACUCGAGGUCGAGGUCGCGCUCCUGCUCCCGCUCCUACUCCCGCUCCCGCUCCAGGAGCCGCAGCCGCUCCCGCUCCUCGCGCAGCCGCUCCCGCUCCCGCUCCCGCUCCCGCUCCAAGUCCUAUUCUCCGGGAAGGAGACGUCACUCACGGUCCAGGAGCCCCACCCCGCCUUCCUCGGCUGGUCUGGGUUCUAAUUCAGCACCUCCUAUACCUGACUCAAGGCUCGGGGAAGAGAACAAAGGCCAUCAGAUGCUGGUGAAAAUGGGCUGGAGUGGAUCUGGUGGCCUUGGUGUGAAAGAGCAAGGGAUCCAGGACCCCAUCAAGGGUGGGGACGUGCGGGACAAGUGGGACCAAUACAAGGGCGUGGGCGUGGCCCUGGACGACCCCUAUGAGAACUACCGCCGGAAUAAGAGCUACUCCUUCAUCGCCCGCAUGAAGGCCAGGGAUGAGUGCAAGUAGGUGCACGGGGCAGGAGCCGCGCCCGUGGCCGUGGCCAUUGGACCUCCCUGGCUCCUUGGCAGCGGAAGGUGGUAGGGACAGCUCGGCUCUCACAUGGCCUCCAUCUCUGGGGAGUGGCAAAGGAGGAAAACUACAGCGUGCCUAGUGGCGGAGCCAUGCUCCAGGGCAUGGGGGCCCCAGGCCCUACCUGCAAACCAGCUCUUACACAGAAGCAAGACCCACAGGAGGAGAUGCCCCGGCCAGUGUGGCCAUGAACUCGUUUCCCUUGACAGUGAAGCAAGAGAUUCAAGACCCUCCGGAUGAGGAUCCUUGACAUCUGAAAGAACAGAUGCGUCGUGCCUCCACUUACACCAGUAACAAACAGCUUGUGGAGAGGCCGAGCAAGCACCCGGCCAGCCCAGGGUGGCACAGACCAGGCCACCUCCACCCCCCCACCCCUGGGUCAUGUGGUGAUGAAGGUCCAGCCGGCACACAUGGUAGUACCGUUAACUCCUGAAAAAUGGAAAAACCUUUUGAUUUGCAAAGUUAAACAGGGUUUUCGUUUAUACUCCAAAUGG